AUGCUUCCCGUCUAUAACGUGCGUAACUUUGCAGUAGCUUUCAAAAUUCUUGACCUUCAAAGUUCUUGGACCUUCAAUUUGGAAACGAACGAUGAUCAUCUGCCAGAGGGCGACGUAUUCGAAGAACUAGUCUGUGGCUUACAUACUCUCAACUCAAACCAAGGCACGAGUAAAUCUCGCGUUGGCCCGGCACCAAGUUGUACCCAAGCCACGGUUACAGGCGAGUACUGCAGCAAGGAGAUCAGCAGGUUUCUGCUGAGCAAUUCGCUGGCUCGGAUAUCUAGAACUUUUGCGGGCUGGACCGUCACAACGCUGUCCGACAACUCCACUGCCACCGUGUGGCCUCCUGAUCGCAGCUUUGCACCAGGUUGCACAAUGGGCUGCCAACAAUGUCGCAUUACUGGAAGCUCGGUCGAGCUCUUCUGGUGGCCGCCUCAGACUGCCGCUGAUGAUGGGUUGCCCGUCACUGCGGUCGGGUUUGGCACCACCUUCACCAGUCCCACGGUUUACAUCUCGUUUGACACGCUCUUCGCUUCCGACUCCUGCAGUGGCGUGGGCAAGACGUAUUCAAGCACGAUCCUCGCCAUCCCAAACUCCCGGGACAUCUCCAGUCUGUGGGGGAUGAGCCUGGUCAAUGGUCUACAGAGCACAGCUGCUUUCAACUACACCGAUUUACUGCACACCGAUCCCGUGCCAACCAGUAUCUUCAACCGACAGCCGAGAUGCGUGUCAUCAUGGUGGUGGCAGAGCACGAUCGCCGGUCCGAUCGACGAGUACGACUGCGCUCGAGAUUAUCCUUGGAGGCCAAUCCUCGCUCUUCCUCGUGAAGUGCAAGCCAUCGACCCAGAAUGGGCGAAUUGCGUCGGAGGCAUCGAAGGAGUUUACGAUCCACCCAUCGCUCUCACAUCCGCUCAAAGCGCUUUCAAGCCAACACUUCCGCACGAAAUUCCUCCAUCAACUACAGAAUCCGCGGCCCCCAAAUCGGCGCACGAAUCUCCGCCUGUUCAAACGAAUCCCCCCAAGUUCACCUUCGAUCCCAUCACGACUGCGGAUCCACCAAGGCAGAAAACACACGCCAAACCACAGAAUUCCGAGCCCCCGCCGCAACAUCAAGAUCCAGAUACUCCUCAAUCCCAUCACCACCCCAGCGACUCAUCACCAUCAUCACCCAUCUCCAAAACCCUCCUCUCCCUCAACGACAUAAACCCCACAGCCCCACACCUCCACCCCUCCGAGAUCGCCGAACAACCUCCAACUCAGAGCCAAACCACCACGAGCCAACCCCCAGUCCCCGAAUCCGCCAUCGUCGUAAACGCACACACGGCACGCUUCGCAUCCCAAGUGAGCCCGGAACCUUUGCCUUUGAUAGAAAUCCACCUGGGUUCUGAAAUUCUCACUGCAAAACCAAGAGGGCCCGGGACGCCUGGAGGUGCCGUUACGGUGGAGGGGUAUACGAUUCGUGCGGGAAGGGGGAGUAGAACCCAAGCCAAGCUCACGUUGGGCUCCCAAGUCCUCACCGCUGCGCCUUUGCCUUCUGACGAGGUGCUGGUGAAUGGGCAUACACUGUCUUUGGGGCAGGGGAUCGAGGUUUUUGGGCAGGGUUUUACGGCUGUGCGGGAGGGGGAUGGGAAGACGGCGACGUUUGAGGUCCAGGAGGUGUGGGAUGGGAGACAGAAGGGUUCUGAAACUCAUCGCGAAAACGUAAUAGCGACGUCGAGUAUGAAGGUGUCUUCUACGCACUCGGUCGAUGCAGCUACCACGAACUCCAACGGUUCGAGCAGAAAUUGGAAAGGAGGCUCUAGUGUUGGGUGGAUGAUGGCCGUUCUUGCGAUGUAUAUGUACGGAUUCCCCAGUGGUCACCCACCUGAGUACUACUACCUAUGGCCGUAUGUACUUGGUACCGAUUUCUGUGCGAUUAUAUCGCCUCACUACCUGAUAACCGACUUCCCGCAAGACUGCAGGCGAAGCAAGCAACUGUUACGAAAUACCUUGGAUGAGAUUCGUAAAGCCUAG